GAUAAGCUGCCUCCUGCCGAGUCUGCCAGACGGAGUGGCGUUGGGGCGAUUAGAAAUCGAUUUACUGAGGUUUAUUGAAGUCAAAAUGUCUAAAAAAAUCAAUGGCGGUUCUGUGGUAGAGAUGCAAGGAGAUGAAAUGACACGAAUCAUUUGGGACUUGAUUAAGGAAAAACUCAUUUUUCCCUAUGUGGAACUGGAUCUCCACAGCUAUGACUUAGGCAUAGAGAAUCGUGAUGCCACCAGUGACCAAGUCACCAAGGAGGCGGCAGAAGCUAUAAAGAAGUACAACGUUGGUGUCAAGUGUGCGACUAUCACCCCCGAUGAGAAGAGGGUUGAGGAGUUCAAGCUGAAACACAUGUGGAAAUCGCCGAACGGCACCAUCCGAAACAUUCUGGGUGGCACUGUCUUCAGGGAAGCCAUUAUCUGUAAAAACAUCCCCCGGCUUGUGAGUGGGUGGGUAAAGCCCAUCAUCAUAGGUCGCCAUGCUUAUGGGGAUCAAUACAGAGCAACUGAUUUCAUUGUUCCCGGACCUGGAAAAGUAGAGAUAACCUACACGCCAAGUGAUGGAACGCAAAAGGUUACAUACGUGGUACAUAACUUUGAAGAGGGUGGUGGCGUCGCCAUGGGGAUGUACAAUCAAGAUAAGUCCAUCAAAGAUUUUGCACACAGCUCCUUCAAAAUGGCUCUUUCUAAGGGUUGGCCUUUGUAUCUGAGCACCAAAAACACUAUUCUGAAGAAAUAUGAUGGACGUUUUAAAGACAUCUUUCAGGAGAUCUAUGACAAGCAGUACAAAUCCCAGUUUGAAGCCCAGAAGAUCUGGUAUGAGCAUAGGCUCAUCGAUGACAUGGUGGCCCAAGCUAUGAAAUCGGAGGGAGGCUUCAUCUGGGCCUGUAAAAACUAUGAUGGCGACGUGCAGUCAGACUCAGUGGCCCAAGGCUACGGCUCUCUUGGCAUGAUGACCAGCGUGCUGGUGUGUCCAGAUGGCAGGACAGUAGAAGCAGAGGCUGCCCACGGGACUGUAACCCGUCACUACCGCAUGUACCAGAAAGGACAGGAGACGUCCACCAACCCCAUUGCUUCUAUUUUUGCUUGGACCAGAGGGUUAGCACACAGAGCAAAGCUUGAUAACAAUAAAGAGCUUGGCUUCUUUGCAAAGGCUUUGGAAGAAGUCUGUAUUGAGACAAUUGAGGCUGGCUUUAUGACCAAGGACUUGGCUGCUUGCAUUAAAGGUUUACCCAACGUGCAACGUUCUGACUACUUGAAUACAUUCGAGUUCAUGGACAAACUUGGAGAAAACUUGAAGAUAAAACUAGGUCAGGCCAAACUUUAACGUCCUAACUGGGCUUGGGAGGAUAAGUGUCCUUUGGUAACUAGGCCCACAGGUUUACAUUUUUCUCUAUGACACUCAAGGGUAAAGGCAAAAUCAAUUUUAUAAUUUGUUUUUAAUUCAGAGUUUAUCUUUUCUAUAAGUUUCAGUCUCUUUCUUAUACAUACUGUUACUGCCUCCUUCAUGAAUGUGGCAGGGGACUUUAUUAAAAUUUUAUUUUAUGUUCAAAUAGCAGCCUAGGAAUUUGUUUAGUACUCACUUGUAUUCACUGUCACUUUUUCUCACGUUCUGAUACAAAUGACCAAAAUCAAGCGUGCUCAAAAGGGUAAAUGAUAGCCACUGAAUUGUUCCCUAAAAUAUUUAUAAAGUAGAAAUUCACUCCCUUCCCUUCUGGCCCAUUACCUUGGACACUGGGAGGUUUUGGUGUUAUGGACGUCCCUUACGUGGAGUAGAGCUGUAUGUCGAACUUGCAUGUGAUUAGAACAAAGGCUGAGUGCAACUAAAGUGUGUUGAAGACACUGCUGUCGUUUUGUAAAAAGCUUGUUGAAUGUUUCCAAUACACUAAAUAUUUUGGAGGCCAUUGGAGAUUUCAGAAUCCAGAAUUAAUACUCCCUAGAGGUGUGUCCUCUGUUUGUCUCUUCCUUCUCCUGGCCUAUGUAUUAUGCUACCCUAAAUAGCAUAUUUCAUCCAAGUGCAAUAGUGUAAACUGUGUCUUUUUUGGACUUCUGCUGGCCUGUUUCAUUUCUUUUGUAUAAAUGUGAUUUCUCAGAAGUUGAUUUUAAACACUAUUCUAGUCCUAUUCUUCUUCCAAACUGUUAACUUCAAUUAAAAGUAAAUGUUAAUGACUAUU